AUGGAUGCAGAUGACGCCGCCGCAGAAGUUUCACCGGGUGCGACGUUUGGACCGCCUGGUGACGAGUACGAAAUUGGGAAACAGCUGGGCAAUGGAGCCGCUUCCCGGGUGUUUGCAUGCAGGCGCCUCAACACCAACGAGCAGCUGGCCGUGAAAGCCGUCGACUUGCGACGCUUAUGCCUGCUCGGCGACCUCCAGGACCAGAUGACCCGCUUAGACAGCGAAGUCGGAAUCCUCCACGAGCUCAGACAUGAGAGAAUCGUGAAUCUUCAGGGAUUCCACAAGACGGACAACUGGUAUUUCCUCGUGAUGGAGUUAGUUGGCGGAGGAGAGCUCUUUGACCUCAUUGUCCGCAACAAGUCGCUCAAUGAGGAGGAAGCGAGACACAUCUUUCUCCAGCUCCUGGAGGGCGUUGGCUACAUGCACGCGCGAGGCGUGCUCCACCGGGACCUGAAGCCCGAGAACAUCCUCGUGGCGGGCUCCAGGCCGGCCGACGCGCCCGCUUCGGGGCAGCUUUACGACGUGAAGAUCGCUGACUUUGGGCUUUCCAAGGCCAUCGGAGGCGGCGCCUCUCUAGCGAGGACGCGUGUGGGAACGCCUCAAUACUGGGCCCCAGAGGUCCUGGACGUGCAGAAACGGGGCGGCUCCUACGACCAAGCGGCCGAUUUUUGGGGUUUGGGCGCGGUCCUCUUUGUGAUGCUUUGUGGCAGGUAUCCUUUUGACGGCCAAAAGCAAGCUCUGGAUGACCAAAUCCGCACGGCCUCCUACAGCAUGACAGGCUCACGAUGGCGGAACAUCUCCGAAGCUGCGAAGAGCCUCGUGCGUGGGCUACUGCGGGUCAACCCGGUGGACAGGCUCUCCUUGGAUGACUGCCUGAGCCAUCCGUGGGUCACUGGGGCGCCCAUGCCGCUACCGCGGCGGCUGCCUCUCACACCUGCAGUGCCCGCCUCCGGCAAGAAGUGCCUGGAACUGGCGCAGCAAGCGGACCUGGCACAGAAGAUGGCCGUCAUCGCCGAGUCACCUUCAGGGGAAGGUGAGGUCAGGAACUCCGAGGAGCUGCCAUUUUCUCUGUGCUUUCGCGCUGCUGAAGUGCGCCUUCUCACAUCAAAGACGGGCAGAGUUCCAAAGCCUAACCCUGUCGUACAGCAGCGUGUCCCCUACUACUCCAAGACCAUCGGAAGGAGCACCGCCGGACAGUCCCAGACUCUGAACCCUCCCUCCUAG